AUGUCGAUGAACAACGCUGAACUAAUUUUUAUAAAUACUACUAGCGAAGAUUACAAUAAACCUAAUCCAUUCGAUGGGCAAAGCAAAAAACGACCAAAAAAAAAGAGCACGGGAGAAAAACAUUUUCAUCCCCCAAUCAGAAACACGAAAAAUCAACCUUUGACAAAUUCCACUAAUGAAGAUCAUUCUCGCGAGGCCCAAACACAAUCCACUGAUGAAAAAUAUAUUCAUAGGGUUCAAGCCAUAUCACGUACCGAUGACGUAAGCCAAUCAUGGGCGAAUCCCAUCAAUGAAGAUCAUUCUCAUAGGGAAUUGUCUCUUCCCUUGUCUUCAAAUAGCGUACAACCCUCUUUCUCUCAGAUUUCCAAUCAACCUAUUGUCUAUGCAGGUCAAUCACGGAUAAAUUCCACUAAUGAAAAAUAUCAUCAUGGAGUACAAGCUAAAUCAUGUACCAACGACACAAGUCAACUAUGGUUAGAUCCCAUCAAUGAUCAUUCUCACAAGGUGCAAGAUGAAUUGUGUAUGCCGACUUCUCCCAUACCUCAAAACGAUACACAGUACUCUCUCUCUCAAGUUACUCAAGUUUCACGUCAACCUAGUAACGUCUCAAGUCAAUCUCGACAUUCCGUAAAUGAAAAUCAUUCUUAUUGGAUUCAAUUCGAAUUAUGUCCAUCACCCAUUUCCUCACCUUCGAAUGACGCACAAUCAUCUUUUUCUCAAGUUUCAAAUCAACACAUUAAUUACGAAAGUCAAUCACGGCAUUUUGUCAAUAAAAAUUAUUCACAUGAAGUUCAAGAUAAAUCGUGUAUGUUAUCACCUUCCUUAUCUUUGCACUCCACUGAUGAAGAUAAUCCUCAUGAGAUCCAAAUUCAACCGUCCAAGUCACCACUUCACAUGCCUUUAUAUGAUAUUCAAUCUUAUUUCUUACCUUCUUCCAUUGCUCUGCAUCAAUUAAUUAAUGACACAAAUCAACCCUGGACAGUUCCUAUUAAUGAAAGUCAUUCUCAAGAGAUUCAAUAUGAACUAUGCAUGUUAUCCUCUCAGAAUCCAUACUACUACCUCUAG